ACCGCGCGCACUUCUGGACGCUGCGUCAGCCGCAGAGCUCCGGCAUGGAGGGUGGCGGCCUGGGCUGCGCCGUGUGCGUGCUGACCGGGGCCUCCCGGGGCUUCGGCCGGGCGCUGGCCAGGCUUCUGGCCCAGCUGCUGUCGCCAGGUUCCGUGCUGCUCCUAAGCGCUCGCAGUGACGCGGCGCUGCGGCAGCUGGAGGAGGAGCUGGGUGCGGAGCGACCCGGCCUGCGCACGGUGCGGGUCGCCGCGGACCUGGGCUCGGAGGCCGGCGUGCAGCAGCUGCUCCGCGCGGUGCGCGAACUGCCCAGGCCCGAGGGGCUGCGGCGCUUGCUGCUUAUCAACAACGCGGGCACCCUUGGGGAUGUUUCCAAAGGCUUCUUGAAUCUGAAUGACCCAGCCGAAGUGAAUAACUACUGGGCUCUGAACUUGACCUCCAUGCUCUGCUUGACCUCCAGUACUCUGAAGGCCUUCCCCGAAAGCCCUGGCCUCAGCAGGAUUGUGGUUAACAUCUCGUCUCUCUGUGCUCUGCAGCCCUUCAAAGGCUGGGCCUUGUACUGUGCAGGGAAGGCUGCCCGGGAUAUGAUAUACCAGGUCCUGGCUGCAGAGGAGCCCGGUGUGAGGGUGUUGAGCUAUGCCCCAGGUCCCUUGGACACAGACAUGCAGCAUUUGGCUCGGGAGACUUCCGUGGACCCAGAAUUAAGGAACAGACUACAGAAGUUGAAGUCAAAGGGGGAGCUGGUAGAUUGUGAGAAAUCAGCCCAGAAACUUCUGAGCUUGCUGCAAAAAGACACAUUCCAGUCUGGAGCCCAUGUGGACUUCUAUGACAAUUAAGCCCAGGUCAUUGGCCUCCUGGCCUUUCUUCCCUAGUUUUGGGCAUAGCCCAGGAAGCCUAUUGCUGCUCAUGUCUUAGCAAUCCUGCAGGGCACAGAAAAGCCCUCAGGCGUAGCCAGUGGAGAGUGGCAGUUGUCAAAAGCCUUCUGUAAGGGGGGGAAGAGAGAGCGAGAGCGAGCUGAUGGGUACUGGAGUUCUCUAUCCUUUGGAAGAAAGAACGUCAGGGCUGGGAUAGCAUUUUUCUGACUAUUCAUUUGGAAUCCAUCCUUGGUGCCCAAUACACAGCUGACCUCCCCACAGCCUUCACCAGUGAGUCCUUGGAUUUCCAGUUCUACACUUUGCCCACAUGGCUCUGAUGUGAAUGGAUUCCAGUUCCUGUCAUGAACCCUCUUGGAAAUCUCUUGUGGCCUGUGGUCCUCAGUGAUACAAGCUCAGGACCAGCUUGCCUUCAAGGGAUAUGGGCAAGAUUCCAAGAAGAAAGUGCUGAGAAACUCAGUUCUUCUGCCGGUCAUAGACAUGGCUGGAAGUUCUCAGUGUCACUGGUCUGCAGCCAUCCUAUGGCCCAUGUUUGAGAAGAAGAAACACAGCUCCCAGCUCAGCCCCUCUGUUUGUGAAGGGAACCCUAAGAUUCUCCGUGUUCCCAGCAGAGGGCGCACUGAGGCUGUGCAGUUUGGAGAGGUGGCACCACUUGGUGCAGGGUUCCUCAGGGUAGAAACAGACCACUCUGUUCUCACCUUCUCAGCAGAUAGCUGGCCUCAGACCCCUGCUCUGCCACUUACUAGCCAGUAACCCAGAGCAAGUUGCUUCUUUGUGCCUCUGAAAAAGUUGUGUGUUAAAAUCCACCUAUAGGAUAAAAGGUCAUUUUUGAGUAUUGAGUCGCUUGGUAUUUUUAAGUGUUCAACACAGUGUCAGCUUUCCACUAACUGCCCCACAGCUAAUAAACCACUACUGCCUCUA